GCGCCGUAUUUGCCAGCGCAUGCGCCGAAAGCUUGGAAGCAUCCUCAAGUCCACCGAGCUGGAUGAUGUUGUCGAGCGCUACAGGAGUCUGCAAGAGGCGCGUGCAUAUUCGACGAUGCAGAGCUCUUCCGGCGAGAGUGAGAUCGAGGAGGUAUCGCAACCCACUGCAGCAAAGUCGAUUGAGGUCUUUGUCGCAGUGGAGGAGGUGCCUGUUAAGCGGACGUUUGUACACUUCGACGUGCAGAAACCGCAGGCACGUAGACGCUCCAGGUCGGUGUGA